UGGGUUUUCUGGAUUUUUGGGUCUGAUUUUGAAAAGUGGCGCAGACCAAGACCUCAGGUUUGGAGUUAACCUUGAAGAGCCGGAACAGUCAUGGCUUACAAGAGUAGAAUGAGCAGGAGGAAAAGAAUGUUGGAUGAGUUGAAUGGAAAUGAUCAUCAGCCAAGACAUGAUAAUAUAGCAGUAGAUUCACGAUGUUAUGAGCAUGGAGACACAAGCGGAACAAAAAAUGACACAGCAAAUUUCAAAUGCAUCACUAUGUCUGAGAUAAGUGAGAAUGAAAUAGUCCAAAACUCCACUUCAUUUGGCCAGGCAUUCUACCAAAGAAGUCGACCAGCUAGGAUUACAAAUUAUCAUGAUUCUGGCGAUGAUGCAUUUGAAUGUCAACACUGUCGUGCUUGCUUUUGGUUGGGUGAAGCACAAAAACACACUCGCAAGAAAAAGCCUAUUUACAGCAAUUGUUGCUUACAAGGACAGAUCAGACUCCCGCUGGUGAAUUCUACACCAGCAUACCUGGAAGAAUUAUUGGAUCCAAAAAAUGGUCGUCGUAGUAUUUGUUUCCGUGAAAAUACAAUUCUGCUUUGA